UACUAUCCAGAUGUUGCGCUUUGCUGUCGUAGCUGCUCUGGUUGCGGUUAGUUUUGCUCGUCUGCCAGUAGCGGAGUUGGACACUGAAUGGCAACUCUUCUUGAAGCAACAUGGCAAACAGUAUGGAGCGGAAGAGGAAGCUAGGAGGCGUGUGAUCUGGGAAAGCAACUUAGACUAUAUCCAAAAGCACAACUUGGCGGCCGACCGUGGGGAUUUCACCUUCUGGCUGGGAAUGAACGAAUACGGAGACAUGACAAAUGAGGAAUUCAGGAAGACUAUGAAUGGAUACAGAAUGAGGAACGGUACAAGCGGGGCGUCCCUCUAUCUUCCUCCAUCUAACAUUGGUGAUCUCCCCGAUAGCGUCGACUGGAGGCCAAAGGGAUACGUCACCCCCAUCAAGAACCAGGGUCAGUGUGGAUCAUGUUGGUCCUUCUCAGCUACAGGGUCACUCGAAGGUCAGACUUUCAAAAAAACUGGCAAACUGCCAUCUCUGUCUGAGCAAAACUUGGUCGACUGCUCACAGAAAGAAGGAAAUCAUGGUUGUCAAGGAGGUCUGAUGGACGACGCUUUCAAGUACAUCAAAGAUAACAAAGGAAUCGACACCGAAGCGUCUUAUCCAUACGAGGCUAAGAAUGGAAAAUGCCGUUUCAACGCAGCUAACGUUGGUGCUACAGACACUGGGUUUACGGACAUCAAGAGCAAGAGUGAGUCAGAUCUUCAAAGCGCCGUUGCUACCGUCGGACCCAUUUCCGUUGCUAUUGACGCCAGUCACAUGAGCUUCCAGCUGUACAAGAGCGGGGUCUAUCACGAGUGGUUCUGUAGCGAAUCACGAUUGGAUCACGGAGUUUUGGCUGUAGGAUAUGGCACAGAAAGCGGCAAAGAUUAUUGGCUAGUCAAGAACAGUUGGGGCGAAAGUUGGGGACAAAAAGGAUACAUUAUGAUGUCCAGAAACAGGCAUAACAACUGUGGAAUUGCGACAUCUGCUAGCUAUCCAACUGUGUAGACAUGUGCAACAAAGGGACUUAUUGCUUAAAU